UGACCCAAGCACGCCGCAUGGCUCAGAAAAAAAAAGGAUUCCCAUACCGGUCACAAAAUUAAUGUCGGUCGACACAAAGAUCAAAAGUUCGUCAAUCAAACCAAGAACAAUAGCAACAAGCAAACAAUACAAGAUGCCUUCUUUCGACAGUGUUCGCGUAAGUAACAAGGAUCUGAAAGGAAUCGUCGGGAGAAGCAAUUUAACUUCAAUGGAUAGCUUGAAGAAUUUCUGGAUACAUUUGCAGAUCACGGACGAAUCUUUUGGUUUUCGAGGAUUUUUGRCCUAGACCCUGCACUAAAGAAAGCCAGGAAUAUCGGCGCUCAAACGAAAAGGAAUGGACCGAUCGCUGGUCCCAUCUAAUUGAUUUUCACGUAAUUUGAAGCUUGGAAUCUCAUUGAUUAUUUUUAUUUUGUGCCUUCUUCAAAAAAUCGAUGGCAAUAAAUUAUGUCCUCACAGGCCAAAAUGGAGGCAGAGAAAAUUGCCAGCUCGGCUAUCUCUGCGUUCGAGUCCACCUUUGACUCACUUGUAUCAGGAAACACCGGUAUGAUCCCCGAAUCUACGAUUUCCCCCGCUCCCGAUCUUGUCGAUGCCGAAUCUUUCAACAGCGAAAAGAACACGUCGGUUUUGGCUGAGACCGUUGUGUUGAAGCUCAAYGGAGGACUCGGAACUGGUAUGGGAUUGGACAAGGCCAAGUCUCUUCUCAAAGUUAAGGGCGAUGACACAUUCUUGGAUUUGACCGCCAAGCAAAUUGUCGAUAUGAGGAAGGAAUUUGGCAUGAAGGUCAAAUUUAUGCUCAUGAACUCCUUCUCCACCAGCGAGGACACUCUAAACUUCUUCAAGGAAAAGUACCCCGACAUCGCCGCCGAGGAWGGUCUCGAAAUGAUGCAAAACAAGGUUCCCAAGCUCUGCCAGGAAACCCUUGAGCCCGCCACCUGCGCUUCCGACCCAUCCAACGAAUGGUGCCCUCCUGGCCACGGAGAUCUUUACGCUGCUCUUGAGGGAUCYGGUCGCCUUGAUGCUCUUCUCAAGGACGGAUACAAGUACAUGUUUGUMUCYAACUCUGACAACUUGGGAGCCAGUCUCGACCUUGACAUUCUUACUUAUUUCGCAGAAACCGAUGCUCCUUUCAUGAUGGAGUGCUGCAAACGUACCGCCAAUGACAAGAAGGGAGGGCACUUGGCSAAGCGUAAUGCCGACGGACAAUUGAUCCUUCGCGAAUCUGCUAUGUGCGCUGACGAGGAUGAGGACGCCUUCCAAGACAUCAACAAGCACAGAUAUUUCAACACCAAUAACCUCUGGAUUCGCCUCGAUAAGUUGAAGGAAAUUAUCAACGAAAAUGGAGGAUUCAUUCCCCURCCCAUGAUCAAGAACAAGAAGACCGUCGACCCCAAGGACGACUCUUCUCAGGCRGUUUUCCAGCUCGAAACCGCAAUGGGUGCCGCCAUUGAGUGCUUCAAGGGUGCAACUGCAAUUGUUGUCCCUAGAACCCGUUUUGCCCCUGUGAAGAAGUGCAACGAUCUCUUGCUUCUUCGAAGUGAUGCUUACAUCAUCGAAAACAACAAACCCGUUUUGAACCCAGCCUGCAACGGCGUUGCCCCUACCAUGGCACUUGACAGCAAGAAAUACAAAUUGGUUGGAGCCCUCGAGAAGGCCACCGAAGGAGGAAUUCCUUCGUUGGUUGAGUGCACUAAGCUUAAGAUUUCCGGUCUUGUUACGAUGACYAAGGACACCAAAUUUGUCGGUGAUGUCGAGAUUGUCAACACCGACAGCGAAGCAAAGGCUGUGCCAACCGGUGUCGUGACCGGAAAGUUGGACUUGUCCGCCUAAACAGAUUGGUUGUGCAACCCAAGCCAACGCAACGAUCCACUCGGGAAUAGAAAUCCAGAUCCACGUACAAUGUCAAUUGCUACCGUACACCACACGCACGUUGCCGGAUGGGCCAUGGCAGUGCAAUUGUGAAUUCGAAGAGAAAUUCUGUAAAAAAAUUAUAUAUUCAAAGAUCUAGAUAACCACUACUCAAGAAAUAGCUGGGUGACAGAAUAUGCUACGGCCCGGUGCCAACAUCGGCCCGAAAAUAAAUCUAAAAUGAAAUU